AUGUUGAAGAGGCUCUUAUUGCAAAAAAUAGUAAGAACUGCAGUUGAUGAAGAAGAAAUCGAUUUCUAUGACAUUUUCUUGAGUGUGAGAUUCGGAAAAAGUAAAGUUGUCUAUAAUUUGAACGAGCAUGGAUACUUCGAGGCCGACGAAAAUAAACCUCAAGGUGUCAAUCAAUAUGUCGUUUUUCCCAAGAUAACGGAGCCCAAAGAAACCGCUCAUUCGUCAAGCCAAACGGAAUCGAUCAUACCAAUUCAAGCUGCUAAAUUGGCCGAGAGUAUUCGCAAGACAAAAAUAUCAAAGAAGAUGGAAUCUGAAGCGAAGAAAAUGAAAUUUCAGGAGAAUCCGGAGAAGAUUGAUAUCAAGGAAGAGCCUACUGACGAGGUUGAAAUUAUGGUUGUCGAGGAGGAUGAAAUGGCUGAAGAGAGUAUGAUCAAAUCAGAGCCUAAUGAAGUUAUUCACGUGAAAUCGACCCCGGCGAAGCUUGGUGAGAAACCUUGCUGCCCAAAGUAUCCAGUCUCCAAAGAAGACGAUGAAAUUGAUCAUGCAAUUAGAAAACGAGUGAACAAUAUUUGCAAAUUUGGCGAACAUUUAACAAAAAGAGGUGGUAGAACUCAAACCUCUUGCGGAUUCUGCUUCGCGCCCGUUUGUCGCCUGCAUGUUUAUGAAGUCUGCCCAUCUUGUAUCAUCGAUAAGAACCUUGCCCCAGCAACUCAAACAGACAGCGUUACCCUAGCCGAAAAUCAACAUCAAAAACUGACAAAGCAACCACAGCAAAUAUUCCGACAAGUCCCCGCAACAAUGAAGCAAUCAGGAAAUUUGCUGUCACAGCCAAAGGGAAUACAUCUCGCGAUUCAGCCAGGAAAUGCAACAAUUGUCCAACUCCAGCAAACACCACUUGUGCGUCCUUUAACCAUUUCACGACAACAACUGCAGCAACAGCCACAGUUACAGCCACAAUCAUUCAUACUUCCAAAGCCAUACGGGGAAAAUUUCCGAUCAGAAAAAUCAAUUGAAUAA